CCCAGCGCUUCCUGGUUAUAUGCAAAUGAAGAAAUACAGUUGUUUUUAAACCUGUGCUACGGUGGGAAACUCUGGCUUUAUUUGACUGGGGAUCAAAAUGUCACCUAGAAGCAGCUGUAGCCUGGUUCUGCUCGUCGUGUUCUGUCUUUUUGUAACUGCAUAUUGUAAGUUUCCUACUCUAGACCACAUCAAACCGAAAGCCAGCGACAAGUCGCAGGGGAGAGCUGUGAUCGAGCUGCUGAAGCGCCUGCUGGGGAACAGAUCCACGGAGUUCAUUGUGUCAGUCAACAGGAGCCUCUCCAACGACAGCCUGGAUGUGUGUGAGCUCAGGUCCACUAAAAACAAUAAGAUAGUCGCUACAGGCAGCACCGGAGUGGCCCUGGCUUCUGGCAUUUACAACUAUUUGAAAUAUUUCUGCAACUGCCAUGUUUCCUGGUCUGGUGACCAGCUGGAUCUGCCCAGUCCCCUCCCAAAGCUCACCGGCGUCCUGCGCAUCAACACCCAGCACAGAUUCCGGUAUUACCAGAAUGUCUGCACCUUUAGCUACUCCACUGUGUGGUGGGACUGGCCAAGAUGGGAGAGAGAGAUCGACUGGAUGGCUCUCAAUGGAAUCAAUCUGCCGCUGGCUUUUACUGGCCAAGAAGCUCUGUGGCAAGAGGUUUACAGAGCUCUUGGGUUAAACCAGUCGGAGAUCGAGGAGUUCUUCUCUGGCCCAGCAUUUCUUGCCUGGAACCGUAUGGGAAACAUGUUCCAGUUUGGUGGGCCUCUGCCACAGUCCUGGCACGUGAACCAGCUCUACCUCCAAUUUAAAAUCUUGGAGCGAAUGAGAUCCUUUGGCAUGGUUCCUGUGCUGCCAGCCUUCUCUGGGAACAUUCCCAGGGGAAUCCUCAGGUUGUAUCCGGAUGCCAAUGUAACCAGACUGAGGCCUUGGGCUCAAUUCAACUGCAGCUUCUCAUGCUCCUAUAUCUUAGACCCCCGGGACCCACUUUUCCUCCAAAUCGGUUCCCUCUAUCUGUCCCAGGUGGUGAAGCAGUUUGGUACAGAUCACAUCUACAACACUGACACCUUCAAUGAGAUGACUCCACCAUCCUCUGACCCCGCCUACCUGUCUGCAGUUAGUCGCUCUGUCUUUGCCUCAAUGACCGCAGUUGAUCCUCAGGCAAUUUGGCUGAUGCAAGGCUGGCUUUUCUUCAGUGAUGCAGUGUUCUGGAAGCCAGCCCAGAUCCAGGCCCUACUACACGGAGUGCCCCUUGGAAGGAUGAUCGUGCUGGACCUGUUUGCAGAGACCGAGCCAAUCUUCUCCUACACCGAGUCUUUCUAUGGACAGCCCUUCAUCUGGUGCAUGCUGCAAAACUUUGGGGGAAACAGUGGAUUCUUUGGCACUGUGGAGAGCAUCAAUUCAGGGCCUUUCAAAGCCUUACAUUUCCCAAACUCCACCCUGGUGGGCAUAGGCAUGACACCUGAGGGCAUUGAGCAGAAUCCUGUGAUGUUCGAGUUGAUGAGCGAGCUGGCUUGGCGCAAGGAGCCGGUCAACUUGUCAAAGUGGGCGUCACUGUAUGCAGCUCGCCGCUACGGCAGCACCCAAGAGAACCUGACCACUGCAUGGAGGCUCCUGUUCACCAGCGUCUACAACUGCACAGUGCCACAUUACCGAAACCACAACCACAGCCCGCUGGUGCGUCGGCCUUCUCUUCGCAUGAAUACUGGCAUUUGGUAUGACCCUGCUGACUUGUGCAAAGCCUGGAAACUGAUUAUUGAGGCGGCUCCAUCUCUCAUGUCCAAGGAGACCUUCCGAUACGAUCUUGUUGAUGUGACUCGUCAGGUCCUACAAGUCCUGACAACAUCCUUUUACCAGGAUAUUGCAGAAGCCUUCCAGAAACAAAAGCUACCAGAGCUGCUGACUGCAGGCGGGGUUCUGGUCUAUGACCUCUUGCCUGAGCUCAAUCGUUUGCUGAGUAGCGACCGCAACUUCCUUUUGGGGACAUGGCUGGAGCAGGCCCGAUCCUUAGCCAUAGAUGAGAAGGAGGCAAAGCUCUAUGAUAUGAACGCCAGAAACCAGCUCACUCUAUGGGGUCCGAGUGGUGAGAUCCUGGACUACGCCAGCAAAGAGUGGGGAGGUCUCAUGGAGGACUACUACGCCCAGCGGUGGGGCCUGUUUGUUCAAACCCUCGUAGAGUGUAUGGACAGCGGACGACCAUUCAAGCAGGACACGUUCAACCAGGCAGUUUUCCAGGUAGAAAAGGGAUUCAUCUACAACAACCGAAAAUACCCGACCAAGCCUCAGGGAGACACGUAUGAGAUUGCCCACAGGAUCUUCCUCAAGUACUACCCGCAGUCCUUGAAGAGACUAUAGUGGGCAGAGACUACAUUUUUGGAAAAACUCGCAGCAAGAAGAAUGUCUUCCACCUCCAGUUUUCCGUGACUAUCCCAAAACAUUUUCAUGUAGAAAAUCCAACAGCCUGAAUUUACAGGAACAAUGUUUUUGCACUUUUAGUAAAAUCAGUGAUGAAUAGUUGUGCAUCCUGUAGGGUUAGGAAAAAAUGAUUUUCACUUUACAUUCACACUGAUCAAUAUCCAAUCUUGCCUUAUUAAAUAGCAGAAGGAAAGACAAUUAAGACAUGUUAAUGACUUACGUGAGACUGUGAAGGUGUUGAUUUCAUGUAGAAUUUCAUGUGUACAUCUCUUGGUACUGUUUUUGACUCAGCGGAUCUUUUCAAGACCCGAGGGCAAGAUCCCGACCUUGUUUUCUUUCAAGUAGGUAUGUUUUCAUUAGUGUAUAAUCACAUGAAAAUAAGAAUUGUGUUUUUGUUAGAAUGAGCUGCUUGUAUCUGCAGAGGGAGUGGGUCCUCUUCUAUGAGGUCUGCUAUGUUGAAGCGCCAUAUUUUUACAGUAGCCCAGAAACCAAACACUCUAACUCAUGCUCUAAAUAGAGGCGUUGUGGCAUGUUGAACUGUUCCUUUACAGCUACUACACUAUAACUGCAGAUAUCAGAUGUGCAUUGAGAUGUUGGACUUCCUGGAAGCCUUUUCCAUUUAUGAGAUGCCUUUUUCAGAAACUGACACUAUCAUGCCUAUCUGUUUAAAGUUAAUCUGAGCACUGUCUUGGUCUGAGCAGAACAACUGACAGGACUGAGUGCUUCAGAGACAUUGCACCAAGUAUCAUCAGAACAAGUAGGCUAGUACCAUAGUUACCAAACAAUGUGGACGUCUUUGAUCUAGCAUAACAAUUCUCUACUUAAUUUACAAUUUCAUGCUUAUGUGGGCAGUGAGAUUGGACCAUUAAACAAUGAGUUUCUGCAAAGGUUUUCUGAACGGAGGGAUUUGUUUAAUGCUGAGUAAUUUCUCUGACAAAUUGGCUCACGGUGCACUUUAGCAGAUAAUUGUACGUCUUGUUGUCCCUAGAUAGUUUUUCCUUUUUAAAAAAAUAUAUUUUUAUAUGAAACUCAUAGAUUUGAAAUCCAACACUGAGAAAACAUUGUGUAUUUCACAUUUGAGUCAAAUUUGUUUUGGAUUACAGAAGUGAUUUUUCUUUUUGGUAAUUGUAUGUUUAGUUAAGGACAAUUUAAAAGUUUUGGGAGGAUAAUAAUUAUUUUUAGGGUUUUAGCAAGCACGGCUUACAUUCAUAACGUACCAACAAACAUUCUCUGUGCACAAUAUUGGUUUCUAUAUUGUAUAAAUGCUAUUUUUGUAUUUUGAUGAUUGGAACUGCUGUGAUUCUUCAACUCAGGCACGUCAAAAGUCUUAAGGCUAUGUGACUAAUACAGUGAUUUCAUUUUCCA